AUGGAUUCGUAUAGCUCUUACCGGGAACGCUCUCCUGCCGACAGGACUUGGGGUGGCCGAGAUGAUGCCAAGGUCAAGGAAGAACGAGAUACUUUCUACCGCGGCAGGUCUCCAGGCCACGAUCGAGCCCGUCGCUCCAACCGGUCACGGUCACCGGUGGCCGUUGAUCGAUAUGAGCCAAGGGGCACUCGCACUCGCGAUGAUUAUGCUCCUGGCCGCGAUCGCGACAGAGACGACCGCCGCGGCAUGCGCUCUCCGCCUGCCAACAUCGAUAGAUAUGUUCCGGGACAAGAUGCUGGACCUCCUCCGCCCAUGACCAACCCGAUCCCAGAUCCUAUGAAGCUGUCUUACCAGGUCGGCUUCUCUUUCUUCGGGGAAUGGUGGAGAGCAGAGGAGAAGAUCAAGGAGGAGAAGGAGCGAGUGCGAACCGGUGGCCGCCGACGCGAACCUGAUCGUCCACGCGGGCCGAAGGAAGCGCAGGAGGAGCGCGAGAAAGAGAAGGCUAAGAUCCAGGCAGCGUAUGAUGCCUACAAGGAGGAAUUGCAGGCCAAGAUGGCACAGCAAUUUGUCAAGCAGCACAAGGACGAGCAGUGGUUCCGCGAGCGAUAUGUGCCUGAGAUCCGGGACGGUUUGAGGCAGCAACUCAACGAGUUCCGACGGGGCGGGUACAGCCAAUGGGAGCAGGAUCUUGAGGCUGGUACUUUCGACGACUUUACUCUCGAGGGGAUUCCCAAGAGCGAGAGCAAUGGCGUCGGCGGUCUUGUCGAGAAGGAGGAAGGCGAGGCCACCGCGGCCAAUGAGGUUCUCGGUGUUGGCGACCUUGUCCCUGCCGGCAAUGCCGACAUCCGGGACGAGAAUCUUUUCCAGCCUACUCUCCUUAUCAAGACCAUUGCGCCCAGCGUCAGCCGACAAAACCUCGAAGCGUUCUGCAAGGAGCAUCUGGGCGAAGAUGAAGGCGGCUUCAAGUGGCUCUCUCUGAGCGAUCCCAACCCCAGCAAGCGGUACCACCGAAUCGGCUGGAUCAUGCUCCACCCCGCUGCCGAGGGCGUCUCCGUCGUCGAGCGGACUGAUGCCAAAGAUGAGGAUGGUGACGAGAUGAUAACCGCACCCGCGCCAGCCUCGACCGCCGAGAAAGCACUUGAAGCUGUCAACGGCAAGACUGUCAAGGACGAGGUGCGUGGCGACUUUGUUUGCCACUUUGGAGUCCACAACCCACCGAGCAACCCCCGCAAGAAGGCACUCUGGGAUCUCUUCUCGGCCCCCGAACGCAUUGACAAAGAUCUGACUCUGGUCCAGAGGCUUGUCAACAAGUUUGAAGCGGACUUUGGCUCGGAUUUCAAUGCCAUUCUCAAGGUUGAGGAGAAGGUUGAGGAGCUUCGAAGCGCCGGUCGCCUGCAACCAGUUGUCUCGGGAGCGUCCUCGUCAAAGAAGUCCAAGAAGGAGCGCGUCCUAGGCAUGGACGAGGCCUUGGAUGAAGGCGAGGAGAUGGAGGCCGAGGAGGACGAAGAGGAAGAGGGCAUGGUCGAUGACGAAGUAGAUGACGAGGAUAUGCUGGUCAAGAAGAAGCAACUUGAUCUCCUGAUCGAGUACCUCAGACGAGUCUUCAACUUCUGCUUCUUCUGUGUGUUUGAGAGCGACUCGAUCCACGAGCUCACGCGGAAAUGCCCUGGUGGGCAUCUGCGGCGUCCCAGAAGCACGCUGUCGUCGUCGGCCAAAGAGAUCGCGCGAGCAAGCGCUGUUGGCGACCCGUUCCCUAGCAAGAAACGAGGCGAGGCUGCAGAUGGCGAGGAAGGCGAGGUGGCGCCGGAAGGAGACCGGAAAUUCCGCAACACCUCGACCAAGACGGAGCAGCAACUCCAGCGAGCUUACAACUGGGUCAAGACUUUCGAGGAUAAGAUUAUGCAGAUUCUCGAGCCUGAUUCAGUCGACCUUCGCAAGCUGGGCGGUAAGCCCGCUGAAGAGGCAAUUGGCGCUGACCUUGCCAAAUUUGUCAAGCAAGAGGAUGAGCACAAGUGGCGCUGCAAAGUCCCGGACUGCACCAAGCUCUUCAAGGAAGAGCACUUCUGGAGGAAGCAUGUUGAGAAGCGCCACGGAGAGUGGCUUGAUAAGCUCAAGGAAGAGUUUGAACUCAUCAAUGCCUAUGUGCUGGACCCUGCGCACAUCGCGCCCUCCAGGACCGACGCCAAUUCAAACGGGCAUUUCCCGCCUGCCAACGGUCAAGCGCCGACUGGUACGCCGCGUGGAUUUAACCUGCAGAACUACUCGAUGAACAGCAUGCUUCCCAUGCCCGGCUUCCCCAUGCCCGGCAACUUCCCGCCCAACCUGUUCAAUGCGGCGGCGAUGCAGCAAGCCGUUGGAUGGCACGGUGCCGGAGAUGACCGUGGAGCCGGUCCUAUCCGCCGCGGCGGACCCGGUGGGAACCGCUAUAACAAUCGGUCCGGACCGUACGACCGUCGCCCGAACCCCCGCUACGAUGGUGCCGGCGGCAUGGGAGGCCGCGGCAGGGGCGGCCCUGGUGGCGGCGGGCGCUGGGGUGACGGCGCUGGAGGUGGCGCCGCGGUUGGGCCCCGUGAGGCCAUUCAGGGCCGCACGAUCAAGAGCUACGAGGACCUCGACCAGGUGUCGGGUUCUGGAGGCGGUGAGCUGAACUAUUAA